GAUCGGUCGAUUGAGGUCCCUAUUUUUGGAAUGAUGAAGAACUCUGAGAAGAGCUUUGAGAAGGUGCAGAUCGGAACAUUUCUACUAGGCGUGCAUGUUGAAGAAAUGCUUGACUUCCCUGAAGAUCUGGUGUCCCAAUUUUCCGCCGAUACGCAGUCGCCAAGUGAGGUAGCAGACUCUAUUUCCUUACCCAAGUAUACGCGCAAGCCUCUUCGAAAUCGCAUGACCAGUCAUUUAAACCGACACAAAUUACGCCGCGUCAAAUCUCGUAGCGUUAUCUCCGAGCCUGUCGAGGACACCAAUGAGUUACAAAUCCAGAAUUAUUCACGCUUUGUAUUCAAACCCGAAGCCUGCACCAAAGUUAUGCUCGAACGAACAGGCGUCAAACCCAACAUCGCCUGGAGACCCUUCGUCGACUGGCCGGGCAACCGCCUCGCGCUUCCGCGUUUUGUGGCUAUGCUGCAUAAGACGCCGAGGGUCUUUGAGCUGCGCAGUCCCCGUCUUGAUUGGCCAAUGGAAUUCCUUGCCCCGAUGCGUCGCUUAAUGUUGCCUUCAAUAGAUGCCAGCAGUCCGGACUCAGAAAAUCCGACCGCACAGACCCGCGUUGUUUCGAGUGGGGUCCUUAUCAUCCAUCUUAUUGGUGCGCGCGGUCUGCGUGCGGUACCUCACGUGAAGGACGUCAGCCCGCGAGACGAGAACUCCAGUGGGAAGGCAGCUUCGCCGGAAACCUGUGCUGCUUCUAUCGUGGCCUACCACUGGGCAGCGAAAACGCUUACCGCGCCUCCUAAACCCUCGUCAUCCAAAAGCACCUGCAAUCCCGAUUUCCUGGAGGAAUUUGAAUUUACAAUCACCAACGAGUCGCCGAGAUUCGUGAAUAUUAUCGUCAAAGAUGACGAGAAUCAGGCUGGCAAUGCUGGCAUAACUAGAUCUUCUCAUCUCGGAGAAACUAUAAUUGAUCUUGCCGAACUACCCCUGGAGGUCACACAGAGGGUGGAACUACAACUCAGUAAAAAUACCAAUGAAGCCCGUCUCCUGCUGUAUGUCACUAUUACUGGACUCACAACGAUGCUGAAAGAUCCUCCCCCAAUCACCCCUCCAAACAACAACGAACAAGCCUUAGAAGGGAACCUCGGUCCACGCAACCCCUCGAUGUCCGAUUUGACAUCAAUCGGUCCCGGAGCUUCUUCUACGGAAAUUGAGUCGCCCCACGCUGAAUCUCCCACUUCAAUGGAAAUGACCUUCAAGAACGCUCUGGAGUCCAACAGUCCACGUGUAAACCCGAGAAUUCCAGACAAUGUCAGGGGUUUGCUCCUGCAGCACUUUGUACGUUCACCCGCUCGCUUUCCUUGUAAUGGGAAGAUCUAG